AUGAAGAAUUUGGACGAGUGUAAGCUGUACGCGUCUCUCUUUAGACGCGUUUUCCACGAAGUUCUCUUUCUCACGCUUUCUUCAAUGUCUUCCGAACUUAGAUAUACGGCAAACACUCAACUAGAGCAUUUGCAUGCUCGGUAUACAGGAACCGGCCAUGCCGAUAUGACGAAGUAUGAAUGGUUGACACACCAGCACAGGGAUACUUGUGCAUCGAUAGUCGGGCACCCUACACUAGCAUCAUAUUUGGCAAUUGCUGACGGGGAGAGCAUUGGGAGGGUCAAGUUUGAGAUGACAGAGCGAAUGCUGCAACCCUGUGGACCACCGCCUGCGAAGGACGAGGACUGAGUGCUCCCACUUGUCAGUUGUGUGGCAGUUGUGUGCUGCGUAUGUCUGUCUUGAAUGAAUUACGUGGGACGCGCGCCGGGAGAGAGGAGACUUAAAUGAGGACGCCAACACAGCGGGUGUUUGUCAUUGGCGGGAGCAAUAUUCCGUUUCACCCGAUCGGCCCGUGGGAUAGCGUGUGCCACAUUCCGUUCAAUUAAUCAUGCGCAUAUAGACAGGCCUUGUAUUUCUACCUACACUGUGCUCGAUAAUUCGC